AUGAGUAACAACAAAGAUGCCAUACCAACUUCUUCAUUUUAUGGUAGACGCCGUGCACCUCAUAUUCAAAGAAUUCAUGUGGAAAACCCUUUUGUACUAGAUCCAAAUAUAAGUGAAGAAGAAAGUGAUUCUGAAGACCUUGAAGAUAAUGUUGGUGAUGAUGAUUACGAGGUUAGUGAUAGCAAUGAUACUAGUGAUGAUGAAAGUGAUCUUGAGGACCCAGGUGCAAAUAACCCCACACCUAAUUCAACUCAAGCAGCUCAAAAGCAACAAAAUGUCAACGAAAGCGACACAAAUGUGCGUUGGAGGAAAUGCAAUCCUGUGCAAUUUAAUGUUACGUAUAUUGGUCCUGGAUUACCACCACCUCCAGAUGAACAGGUUAGCCCUAUAGAAUACUUCAAGAUGUUUUUUGAUAAUGACUUAUUUGAACAUCUUGCUGAACAAACAAACUUGUACUCUGUUCAGCAAACCGGAAACUCAGUAAAUACUAACCAACUUGAAAUAAAGCAAUAUCUAGGCCUUCUGAUUAUGAUGUCAGUUAUCAAGUUGCCACAAGUCAGAAUGUACUGGGCAAAAGAAACCCGGAUCCCAGCUAUUGCAGACACAAUGCCUGUUGCUCGGUUUGAGAAGCUGCGAAGGUUUUUUCAUUGUAAUGACAAUUCCAAGAUCAUACCUGCAGGCCAGCCAGGGCAUGACAAAUUAUUUAAAGUGAGACCAGUGAUUGAAUCUGUCGUAGCAAAAUGUAGGAAAGUUCCGCAAGAAGAAAAACACUCUAUCAAUGAGCAGAUAAUACCAACAAAAAGCCGCACAAAUUUGGGACAGUAUUGUCCCAAAAAGCCUAAUAAAUGGGGAAUUAAAGUCUGGGCAAGGUGUGGGGUUAGUGGGAUAAUGUAUGACUUUGAAGUUUACACAGGCAAAUCUGAUCAGGAUGAAGAUUUCCCCUCACUUCUUAUGGGUGGAAAUGUGGUACGCCGCCUGUGUGAAACUCUGCCAUCAAAUGUUAAUCACAAGCUUUACUUUGACAACUACUUUUCAUCUCUGAAAUUGUUGCAGUAUUUGACAAAGCAAAAAAUAUGGGCAGUUGCAACUAUUCGGAAAGAUCGGCUAAAGGGAGCAGAAAAGCAUCUAAAGAGUGAAAAGGAAUUGAAACAUGAUGGACGGGGUAGCAUGGAUUGGAUUGUGGAGGCAAAUAGUGGCAUAACAGUAAUUAGAUGGUUAGAUAGUGGGUCUGUUCAAUUGGUAUCGAAUUAUGUGGGUAAAGAACUUGGUCCACAAGCAAGAAGAUGGUCAAAGAAAGAAAAAGAGCACAUUCAGAUCAACAGGCCCCUUGCAGUCCAUGAGUAUAAUAUUCAUAUGGGAGGGGUUGACCUUUGUGACAUGCUACUUUCCCUCUACCGCAUAUCUCAACGUUCUCUGAAGUACUAUAUGCACAUUAUCUAUUAUUGCCUUGGUAUCUCAGUAACAAAUGGUUGGCUUUUAUAUCGGAGACAUAUGGAGCAGGAAGGGGAGGAGAAAAAGAACGAGCUGAAAUUGAUUCAAUUUCAGUCCCAGAUAGCCGAUAGCCUCAUUCGAUGUGGUAAAGAUAUAACCCGAAAGAGAGGUAGACCAUCCUUGGAAAGAGAAACACCUGUCAAGCAGAGACGACCACCAACAGUCCCUAUACCACCAAAAGCUAUUUAUCAAGACAAAGUAGCACAUUUUCCAGAGUUCCAGGAAAAGCAACAAAGAUGCAGAUAUUGCAAAACUGGAUUUUCAACUGUUAGGUGUACAAAAUGCAAUAUUUAUCUGUGUUUGCUGAAGAAACGAAACUGUUUCACUGACUUUCACUGCCAGUGA